AUGUGUUAACAAAUCCUCCAUGAAUUAAAAUACCAUUUAUACAAUCAUAAACUUUUAGAUAAAUGUAGUUUUUAUUUAAAACAUUACAAAUAAACAAAAUUAUCUAAAAUUAUGGAGAAUAGAACAAUUAAACAAGACUAACUAAAAUUAUGGAGAAUAUGACAAAUCAACAAAUUCACUUCUCAAAUAAUAUUAUAGAUAUUAUAAGAGCAAGUUAAUGAAAACUAUUCUGAAGUUAAUUAAAUAGAAGGGUUUAAUUUUAAAAAAAAUACGAGAUUGUUUGAUAGCAUGACUAGGAAAUGGUCAAUUGAAUAGAAAAUGUCAACGAUCUCUUUGCUCUGUGGAUCAACUCAUUCCACGUGACAGCUCAUGCUUCAUAAUCAAAGUCUAUAGUAAAACCCAAUGAAUUUUGGUAAAUUACCUAUGAUAAACAUACCACCCUAAAAUAGUAGAUUAAAUUUAUCAUCCAUAAUUAAGAUACUCUAAGCAGAUAUAUAUGUAUGGCAUAUGACAUGUUUUGUGUGUUUCUUUCAAUAGUUAUAUAAACACUUUUAAGUGGUGUUCGUAAAAAGGAACGUUUGAAGGAGGGAAAACAAAAAUCUAGAAAACGAGUAGUGAAGGACUUUUACAAUUUCAACGUCUCUAGUACCGAUGCUUGAUAUUUCUUGUUGGCCAAGUCUCUCGAAGAAGACUCGGUCGUCGUUUUAUUCUUCUAUAAAUCAUGCCUUAAGCCCCAACUGCAUAUAUAAUCACAUAAACACACAAUCCAACAUACAUUUUAGACAUCAAUUACCAAACAAAACACUGAUAAUUUUUCUAUCUAUUUAUUUCAAGAUCGUUAUUUGUGAAUCAUUCUCAAUUUACACGAACGCAAUAAUGAACGACAAAACAUUGGUCUCUAAACCUAGCAGACCAGACAACAUCCCCAAGCUACUGGAUCGUAAGGAGAAUCAAGGCAUGAUUCAAGAUGACGAGCGUUCUAAGCUUGAUAGCCGCAUUAAUAUCCACACGACACGCUCUCGAGGGGGCAGUCUAAUCGAGGAGGUCAUCGACAAGCUUGAGAGAUUCAAAGUACGUACGGUUAACAUCUUGGUGGGAGUAGAAGAUGACGAACAGAAAAAAUAAAGAAGUACCAAAUUUUGAAUUCAUUCGUUCAAUUCUAACCAACAAGACCUCACCUGUCCAUUGCUCUUCAUGUGCAAUGAUUUUUUUUAUUAAUCUCCAAGCCUAUGUAUGGGCCUAUAAGGGCCGGGUCACCAAAAUUGUGGGCUACAUGGGUCGUUAAAGUUUAAAAGCUCAUAUAGGUCACAUAUGUUCCAAUUUUUUUUUUUAAUUAAUAUCUUCCAUACAUAUCAAAGGGUUCUAAUUUGUCAAUUGUUAUUGUUAAAUAAACUGUUUCUUUGGAAACAUAUGUUGUUUUAAACUAUUUUAUGUAUAGAUUCGGAUGCAUUGUGUAGUUGACAAGCGUCUCUAGUGCUUGAAAACAAAUUCAAAACGUUACCAGUAUGAGAAAAUAAUCUAUAUUAAAACAUCAAAGUUGGUCAGUUAAAAAAAACAUCGGUGGGAUUUACUCAGUUUCUUAAUAUUAAAAUAAAUUAAAACAAUUGUGAAAUACUCAAUUUUAAAAUAAUAUAUACUAUUAUUUGCGAAGUGACUUUUCGAGCUCUCACGUUAUAGGCUACUGCCGCCAUCUCCGGGAUCAAGAAUGUUCCUAACCAAAUACGUUUAGG